ACAACACAAAAGCAACAAAAAAACUAAAAUUAAAACAAAUGAAACGCGAAUUGACACUUCGGAUUUGCCGCGCCGGCAAUACCAACAUACCAAUCCAACAAUAUUAAAAAAAACACCUCAAAAUCGCUCAAAUUAAUCCAAUUUGACAAAAAACUGUCUCCCUCCACUGCUCUUGAUCCUCCACCGUAACUCCAACAUUUUACUUUUUUUAAAAUUAUUCUUACGUCAAAUAUAGUGAUAUUUCACCAACUACAGUUGGCGCCGCUUUUCCGACUUGGCGCCUUUUUUCCAAACGUCAACAAAAAUCUAACCUGAAAUAAUUUAAAAAAUGAACCACGAACCUUUGCGCUACGCUCACGAAGAGGGCCACACCGAUGUCUGUUUCUCAACCGACGGCAGCAAAUUUAUUACUUGCGGGGCCGACGGGGAUAUCCGGAUCUGGCCGUCGAAGGAGGACACCGACCCCACACAUACUUGCAUAGGCGAAUGGUCACUUAGUGUGUGCCAAAAAGGGGAGUGUUUGUAUGUCGCCACUGGGAGCAAUGAUGUUCAAAUCCUCACCUUUCCAGGGGGUGAACGAAACGGGAUUUUGGAACGAUUUGUGGCCCCCAUUAAUCAAAUCACACUCAGUAAAGACAGCGAGACUGUUGCGCUUGCUGGUGAGGAUAUGCAAGUAAGAUUGGUUGAAUUGGGGGCAGAGAAAAGAGUUGAGGUUUUUGAUGGGUUGUCAGGGCCUUGUUUGAGUGUUGCCGCCACGAGUAAGUUUCUAGCGGCGAGUUCUGGAGACGGGAAGUUGAGAAUUUGGGAUGUUACAAGUAAAGAGUUAGUCAAGGAAAUUGACUGUUUUCCUAAAACUAACAGUUUUGCCAAUGCUGAAUAUUUAUGUCGUAUUGAUUUUGACCCCAACGGCAAAUAUCUUGCGUACCCAGAAAAAGAUUCAGUUGUUAUUUUAGACACUACAGAUUGGUCACAAUAUGGUAUAUUAAAAACAAAUGAAGUCACAACUUAUUACUCAAUUGUACAGUUUUCACCCUGUGGCAAUUAUCUUCUCGCAACUACUCUUAAAGGCGAUUUUGUUAUUUUUAAUGUUACAAUUAAAAUGGUGAGAGGGACCAGUAAACACCCUAGUGGAACACCCAUAUGUGGAGCAGUGUGGAACCCCUUAGGAAACGGCCAUAUCGUUUACACCGAUACUCAAGGCCAGUUAGGAAUUAUGUCAGACUGCAUAAACACCAAAGCAACCGAAGAAGAAAUUUUCACUGAUAAUAGUGUCAACUUUGGCGAUGUCCAAUUCGAAUCUGAUGAUGAAGACAAUGAAAAUGUCAUUUCCGUCGAGAAAUUAAAAAACGAAGUCAUGGGUGAAAUAGAACCCGAGUUAAAUUUCGACAAUGCAUCGUCGGCCCCAACUCCCCGUCCCAAGACCCCCGAAAUCCCACUUCAAGCUCCAUUUAUGCCAAGUUCGACCCCUGAACAUUUAAAUCCUCGUUAUUUGUGCUGGAAUCACCUCGGAAUUGUCCGAUGUUACGGUUCUACGAAUGAUGAUGAUUCAGGAAAAUCUAUCGAAGUUGAGUUUCUUGAUUCCUCAUUUCAUCACAGCAUGAUGUUGCAAAAUUAUCAAGAUUAUUUUUUGGGGACUGUCAGUAAAGCUGCUCUCGCUGUGGCCAAUGCAAAACAACUUUAUGUGGUUCCCUUGAAUUCUGGUUCAAAGGAAUGGGUGCUCAAAUUAGAAGAAGACACUACAGAAGAAAUAGUUUUAGUUUCAGCUUCUGAGAAUUUAAUUUGUUUUGGGUCAAAUAAUUACAUAAUUAGAGUUUGCUCUAUUUUUGGGACUCAAAGAGGAAUAGUUUCGAUUCCAGGCCCUUUGGUUUCAAUGUCAAGUUUUCAAAAUUCAAUUCUUGUGGCCUACCAUUCGGGAAGUGUCCGCAACAGUGACCAAUGUAUCAACAUGAAAUUAAUUACUUUCAAUGGAUUAUCGAUGCAAAGUCGCGAUAUCGGCUCGGCUUUAGGCCCCGAAUCCACACUGUCAUGGCUUGGGUUCACCGAUUUUGGUACUCCUUCUAUGAUAGACUCGCUCGGAAUGCUCAGUCUUUAUCCUGUCACUAGUAACAUUUGGAUACCUUUCUGCGACACUGCUAAACAUAUGAAAUCACCGUCUGAUAGUUUUUUUGUUACUGCCGUUCUCGAAUCAUACCAAUCCGUUGUGGGAAUCAAGUGUCGUGUCGCUGCUUAUCCGAGUUUCACCCCAACACCAACACUCAGUGAGUUGAUGUUAGGGCCCCCAUUCGCUGAACCAACAACAGAUAAAACAGAGUUAGAAAUGAAUCUUUUUACUCUCACAAAUUUACAAGUCGGUAAUCAGGAUAAGAAAUUUUCAGAAGCUGGCUUGAAAGCAUUUGCGCUGGCCUGUAAGAAUAAUUUGGAUCAGAGGGCACUAGAACUUAUGGAAAUUUUAUCCAGUCGUCAGUUGUUAAAUUUGUCAAUGAAAUAUGCCCUAAAAUUGAAUAAAAAAAUGCUGGCGGAAAAGUUAAUGGAGAUGGCUUCAAGACUGAUGACAGAGGAUGACGAUUCGACAAAUUUUAUUGUGAAUACGCCAACUUCGUCACCCCUCGCACCUAAAAAAAUUACCCUAAGUUCGAUUAAGCGUACACCAAAAAACAAACAAGUCGUCAAAGAAGAGGCGACUGCACCGGAAGUCAGUCAAGAUAGCCAAAGUUCGGUUUUAACUCCCUCACUGCCAGUUCAAGAAUUUUCAGAAGAAUCUCCAAAUCCAUUUUCCAAAAGUGCACGAAAGGGGAUCGAAUUGUCAAAUCCUCUCAGUCUUACUGACAGAUACGCGGGUGUCGAAUUCGUCGACGCUAAAGAAAAUAAAAAAGAGGCUGAAAAGAGGAAACAACCCGAUUCUUCCCAGACUGAUAAACCGCGUGAAAAACAGAGAAAACUAGAUAGGUUUAUGUUUGGUAAACGCACAUGAAUUAUGAUAGUGAUUUAUUUUUAUCAUAAGAUACCAACAAUAUAUUUAUUUACGUUUUCGUGGA